AUGUCCCAACCAACUCUCGCUGAACUGUCCAUAUCGCUGAGCCAUGUCCAGUCGCUGCUCAAGCAGAUCACUGCCGAAGUCAAGGUCCUGAGCGAGGGCAUCGCCGUCCUUGUGGAGCAGCAGGAGGCCGAGGACGUAGAGGAGGAACUCAACUAUCUGGAUGUGGACCCAUGGUCAAAUGUCAACGAUAAGGACAAGAAUACUGCAGCAUCCCGUCGAGACAGCAUUCGGUCUCUGAUGCAACGAAAACCCUCGACUGUCAAGGACGAAACCAAGGCAUUGGCCCGGAUCCUGAGCCAGAAACGUGCCUCAGGGGGUGGCGGUGCAGGAAGUGGCAGUGAAUCUGAAAAGCAACAACAGCAGCAAAAGGCUAUAAAGCAAGGACAGACUAGCUUGCAGGACCAGGUUAUUGACGAGGACAACACUUCGUCCGAGGGAUCAUCGACCUACCGACGUAGGAAGCAGGAUUCGCCUGUAGGAGAAAAGCAUGAGCUCAGGACGAUCACAGAGCUGACUUCCACAACCAUCGGCUCGGUGCGGAGUGCGACUCCACAACUACCAGAAGCGGAGCGAGUACCGCACACCAUCACGGUCGAGACAACCCAACUGCCCACAAAGUUCCCAAUUGCUAUCACCAAACCCAGCACUCCCCAGAGUCCGUCCACGCCUAUGCUCUCGGCCUCUUCCAGUCAAAGCUCUAUUCUCGCCGCUAUGAAUGGUCAGAGCAACAAUAAUAUACCCCCAUUUUGGCGAUCGUCCACCUCGCCGAACGUGACCGAGGGUUCUCGACCAUCCUCUGUGGCCAGCAGCAUCAUCUCGGAUACGUAUUUGACGAAGAGCAGUGUACCGAACCGUCGAUCCUUGCAAACAGAAUCUAGAAGCAACUCGGAACUCCAUAUCCCAACACAAACCAGCGUUAAAGAUCGCUACACUCAAGCGCUUAGGGGUAAUACGCAGGGCGUAAUUCUACAUCCGUCAGUGGGCAAGGAUACAGGAAAGUCCACCUUCAGCAUCAAAUCGCCUACACCCAUGGUCGCCGCUCAAGUUGAGAAGAUGGAGACUACAGACUGUUUCAGCAAAUUAGGCUUGACCCCUGAGCUCUUGCGAGGCAUCUACGCAUACGGCCUGAAAAUGCCCUCCAUCCUACAGCAACGCGGAAUCCCAAUGAUCAUGACUAGACACGACGUCCUAACUCAGGCGAAACCAGAGGUUACCAAAACAUUGACCUACGCCAUCCCAUUACUAAACUUUCUGACCCUCCCCGCAACCUCGAUCCAUCCGCAGCUGCUCAUCCUGUGCUCCAACCACGACUUGUGUCAGCACGUCCAGCGAGUGUUGCUGGCGCUUGCCCGCUUUAUGCCAACGAUCUCGUGCUUGAUUUGCGCAGAUGGAAGUAACGCCACACUAUCAUUGGGAACCAUGUCUUCAACUCAGGUCAAUAUCGUGGAGCAUCCCAGCAAAAACGGCCGGGGAUCCGCACAUGUGGAACCACCACCAGUCAUUGCAGCCCAUGUCGUGAUUGGAACGCCAGGAAAGGUCCUCAGCCUGAUCAGAUCGAAGCAGAUCAGCCUUUCUGCGCUCAAGGCUAUGGUCCUGGAAAACGCGGACAUUCUUCUGGCGUCCCCUUUGAAGGAGGCCACCGUCAGUUUGCUCUCUAUGGUACGGGAUCCUGCCGCCAAUGGUACCGUACCGGGGUCUUCAGCAGCGGAUUCAAUGAUUUCACCACCAAAUUCGGGACCUACCUCCCCAGUGUCAAAGGCCGUAGCAGCCCUGAACGGGCGGAUUAUAGGCUCCAGUCCCUCCGAAGCACGACCACGAUCCAUACCUGGCACCCCAGGCUCAACAUCACAGAGCUCUACAUCAUCAUUGUCAUCCUUAUCGUCAUGCUCAUCAUUCGGGACCUCAACUUCUCAUCUUAUCCCCAAUCAGCCUCAGCUCUUAUUCUUCUCGACCGAGGUUCCUUCGCAUGUCCUGGACCAUGUAGCACAGUAUAUGACACAGCCAACCAAGGCACUGGUGAAGGGACACGAGUUGGCAUUAAAGGGCAUCCUUCAGUUUUUCAAGUACAUGACAGUGGACGAUGAAGUGUGGCAACUGGAGCUGCUCUGUGAGCUGCUGGAGGAUAGCGGAGCAAAUCGUGCGGUUGUAUUCUGCAACAAGGAUGAGACGGUCGAUCGAGUGGUGCGAAAGAUCCGUGAGCGCAAAGGAUUUGCCAUACCUUUAUACUCAGACAUGGAUAUGACAACGAGGAAAGCCGCCAUAGGACGGUUCCGGGUCUCGGCUCCGCCACUUUAUCUUAUUCUGACGGACGAAGCCGCCAAGGAUCUCGAGAUCUUGGCGGUCCCACUGGUUGUCAGCUUCGAGGUCCCGAGCAUUGGCAAUUACAUUCCUCGUGUGAAAUGGAUCGAUCGGUCGAAAGGAAGAGUCGGGGCCAAGGUGACGCUGCUCGAUGGGCAUAAGGGCGAGGGCCAGGCUCUGAGGGCGAUUCAGCAACAUUACCGGACGACAAUUGAUGAUAUGCCGGCGAACAUUGCAGAGUUCAUAGUCAACUAG